AUGCGAAACGGUGUGUUAGCUUUUGUAGCGGCGCUGCCGCUUACUCACGGAGUAGUUGCUUCUAGAGUAUGCGGCACCGGCACGAACGCGUCCUCGGAGUAUCAGUGGCAUGUGGGUGCCGCAAGGUAUGAUGGCGCAGAACCUGGGAAGAAGGGUGCCGCAACGAUAGCCGUGAGCAUAGUGCCUGGAAACCUCACUAUGGGCACCUUUUUCGAGUGUGUUGCAGAGUGGCCCGAAUCGUGGGAAGGUUGGUACGAAGACGGGAAUAUCAUUUGGAGCGAUUGUAUCUGGGCUGGCAACGGCAGGACUUCAGAUACCGCCGUCGCAUUUGCCCUGGACUGGAAGAAUAAUCGGACAAUGUAUAUAUCUCAUACGUUUGCCUGCUCAGAUAAAGAAGGAUCCGACGCCUUAGCUAUAGGAUCCUUCCAUCUAGAUCUAGAUUGCACGACGAGCGAAGAGGACGGCACCAGCUGCAUGUUAAAGGGUGAAGGUUUGGAUAUUACUACUACAGGAAGCCCGGCUCGUUUAGCAGCAGAUUCUUGCGCGGAUAACGCAGAGAGGUACCAAUCGUGGCAGCUCGAGAACUGGCUACGUCGCUACGAACAAGUUCCCGGCUCGCCGUCCUCGAGCGCGCCCUCGUCUGAUACUGGUCCGUCCUUCAUCUUGAAAAAUAUGGCCAAUACGGAUGUUUUCAACUGUACGACUUCGGGAAGCCAGAAUAAUACUCUGACUGGGUCUUGCGAGUCGGAUACCGAGGAGAGUUCCACGACGACGGCAACGUUCAGCUUCGACCGGCAAAUAAACGUGUUGGCUAUUAAGCAGCAUUGGAACUGUAGCGACUCAUCGUCGUUUGAUGCUAUUGGUGUUGGUUAUGUCCAAGCGACGUGUAGUCGGCAAGGAAAUUUCCUCACCUGUACUUCAACUCCGCUCUGGAUUGGUACGAAGACUGUAUGAUGAUGCCUCUACAUGGAAAUCAUCAAUGAUAUAUUAUUUCAACCAGUUUACUACAGGCUAGGAAAAUAACUACUCGGGUAUUUACUUGAAUAUUCGCGCACCACUUAUCGACACUCCCGAUACUCUAAAUUAAAAGGAUGUUGUAUUGGGAAAACACUAGUUCCCUGGAUCUGAAUGAAAUACGCCCUAUGUACAAUGUCUCUCCCAAUUUCCACAUUAUUCUCAUUAUUUUUAGUGAUAGGUCGGCUCGUGCGGAAACCCAUUAAGGACUCAUAUAAGAACUUGGGAAAACCGGACUGGUGACUUAGAUAAAUACUUUAGGUAGUCAUUAGGUAAAUACAAUACAGCUUCACCCCUGCCACGACGCAUCUCGACGAUCUCGUGGCUGAG